GUGACAACUGACAACUUAAUCGACAUAACCUCAAAUUUGAAAGCACUUGUUGAUUAUAUUUUUCUUUUAAAUUAGAUUUAAGACUUUUGUGAUAAAUUUUGAACUAGAUGGAGUUUUAUUAAUUGAUUUUGCUCACUUUUAAGCAGUUUUAAGAUGGGAGUUAGAGGAUUAACUACGUACAUAAAUGGUAACCAGGAUACGUUUUUACGUCGGCAUUAUCUUCGAGAUUGUAAUCUUGUGAUCGAUGGCCACAGCCUGUGUUCACAAUUGUAUCGGUGCCUUAAUUGUUUCUCAGCCUUUGGAGGCGAUUACGACAAAUUUGCAUCAUAUACAAGAACAUUUUUUAAAAGUUUACGAAAAUGCAAUGUCCAACCGUUCGUUCUUUUCGACGGAAGCUACGAGCUGAGAAAACUAAAAACAGCAUAUAAUAGAUUAAGAUCAAAGAUAAAUGGGGCUUCACGGUUAGACCCUGUUACGCAGUCGAGCUUACAAAUAUUUCCAUUGCUGCUUAGGGAUGUUUUUAAAGAAGUUCUCAUUGAAAUGAUGGUCCCAUAUACAACUUGUGAAUUCGAAGCUGACGAUGAAAUCGCAGCUAUGGCUAGAUAUUUGAACUGCCCAGUACUCAGUUACGAUUCAGAUUUCUUCAUUUAUAAUGUACAGUACAUACCAUUCAAUACUCUUGAAAGGAAACCAAAACAAGUUAUAAUCAAUAACGAUAAAGUGUAUGUUAUGGAAUGCAAGAUUUAUAAAGUUGAAUAUUUGGUUGCUAAUUUUGGUGGUUUAAAAGAAGAGCUCCUGCCAUUGCUGGCAACAUUACUUGGCAAUGAUUUUGUAGAGAAGAGAGUUUUCAAUAAGUUUUUUUCACAAUUAAAAUUACAAAAAAGUAGGAUCAACAGAAAUGAGCAACAAAGAAACAUUCAUUCAUUGUUUAAAUGGUUGCAGGAUGAAACUCUUGAUUCGGCGAUAUCUAAAAUAUUAGGUAGAAUAAAAAAGGAUAGAAGGACGAAAGUACUCUCAAUAAUUACAAAAAGUAUUAACGGCUACAAUAGAAAACAUUGUCUAUCUUUAAAAUAUUUUAAUCUAUGUAACAAUGAACCUAAAGAUUUAGAUACCAACAUAACAAUAACUGUAAAUGAGAAUGAAAUUGACAACGGUGAUCAAAGUGAUAAUGAACAGAGUGAUGAUAGUUCAUCAACAAAUAACGAGAACACAAAUUCAGAUGAUCAAAAUUUAAAUGGAAUAUCAAAUUGGCUUGCAGAGUACAUUAGAUUGAAUAGGAUUCCUAGGUUAUAUAUUAAUCUAUUUACACAUCAAUUGUACUUCAGUUCACCGCAAGCUGAAGAUUAUUCUGAUGAAGAUGCAUCGCUCUGGGCAUUACCAAUACUUAGAUAUGUGUUCGAUGUGUUAACUGAUUUUUCACAUGAAAAUUUUGUAUAUGUCAGUAGAGAAAACAAUUGUAACUAUAAGAGAUUGUUAAUAGAUAGAGAAUAUUCAAUAUCAAGAUUAAUAGAAACACCAUUUAACAAACUAAAUGAUGAUGAAUUGAAGAAAUGUUUCUAUCAUUUCCUUGAACAGAAAAUGCCAUCAUUAGACUGUGAAGUCAUAGAGUUUUUGCCACCAAAUUUUCAAUUAUAUAUGAUAUCUAUAUUAUGGUGGAUAUCCAACUGUAGUGUACCACUAGCUCAUGUUCAUAGCUUAAUAAUAACUUAUAUCUUCUUGGAUGCUAUCGAUGAGAAAAUUGGAACAUUCCGUGGACACAGUUUUUUCAAUAAUAAACAUUCUAAGAAACUUGAAGAACUGAGAAAGAGACCUGAUGUACCAGUGUCAAUUGAAGAUGAACUAUUUUUGAAUAAACACAAAAUUCAAUAUGAGGACUGUCUUUUAGCUGCUAGUGUUCUGUUAAAACACUUUGAAAUUGACGACAGCAUUAGAAAGAGGCCUAAAAGUUAUGAUGUUAAGAAAAUACAUUCAUUUGCCCAGUUUCAGAGCUGUUUGCUUCAGUUUAAUGGACUCAAUACUUUAUGUGGAGAGCCCUUUAAAAGAACAAUCUACUCCAAAUGUUAUAAUGGGACAUUUAUUUACAAUAUAGCUCUGAAAUUAGAAAACCAAGAUGACCCGAUACAUUUUUUUGAACAAUACAUCAAAGGUGCUACAAGUGUGUUAACUUUUUACAAAAGCUUGUGUCAUUUAUUUAACAAAUGCCUUAAUACUAUGAACUUAACUACAGUCAAAUGGAGUAACCGUAAAAGACGAUCGAGACGUAAAAAAAAGGAAGACGAAGAUAUUAAAUUUAUUGUAGAAGGAUUUGAAUCUCAUGUUGUUAUUUAAAAUAUUCUAUUGUAA